AUGUAUGUAAAAUCAUAUCAUACACCUCUUUCCGAUGGUGGUCAUAAAUGGGAUAUUACUUUAUUCUGCAGCAAUGAAGCAAACACAAUAGCUCAUGUUGAUAUUAAUCCGAAAUCUCGGGGUUCAAAAGUUGUUCCUAACGAUGCUAAACCUGCCCCAACUGCUUAUACUAUGACGUACAUUUCUUCUUCAAAGUUCGAGGAUCUUCCAUUGAAGUUCGUCACUGUUAUAACAUUUAAAAGCAGAAAUAAUAAAACAAGGAAAAAAAUUAUAAGAGUAAAUGAACCGAUAAAUGAGAAGAUGGUAUUACCUCCUCCUCCUCCAAAGAAAAAGAAGAGAGUUUUGUGUAGCGUGUUUAGGUCUAAGAAAAAUUCCAUCUCGGAAAAAGAUGACGCCCCGCAAAAUUGUUGUUGUACGAUCAUGUAA